UUGAUUUGCAGGAACGAUUCAGUUUUUCGGAUUCUCAUCCUGAUUGUUAGCUGAUUUGUCGUAGCUGGAUCAAUUUAUACUUGAUUUUGUGUUUCUGAGGAGGAAUUGUAUUGUUACUGAUGUAAGUUUCAGUCUCUUCGCUUGAGUUGAUUCCGAUUGAAUGAGUUCAUUGGUUUUAUAGCAGCAAAAAACUCUUAAAUUGGAGUAUUCAUUGAUCAAUGUGGACUAGCGGGAUGGUUUGAGAAAAUUUUCUGGAUAGGAGUUGUUUUCGACUCUUGAGUCAUGGGUAGUAGUGAGAUGGAUACACCGCCAAAGGCGUCGAAGUCCUCGACUUCAACUUCCACACCGGCAACUCAGGAGCAGCCUCCUACAACGAGUGCUGCAGCUGUUUAUGAUUGGUCUGGAUUUCAGGCAUAUUCCCCUAUUCCUCCGCCUGGUUUCUUUCACUCUCCAGUAGCUUCAAGUCCCCAACCACACCCGUAUAUGUGGGGAGCUCAGCAUCUUAUGCCUCCAUAUGGGACUCCACCACCUCCAUAUGUUGCAAUGUACCCGCAUGGUGGGAUAUACACGCACCCAACUAUUCCUCCGGGUUCUCACCCAUUCAGUCCUUAUGCUAUGCCUUCUCCGAAUGGAAAUGCUGAGGCUUCCGGAACUGUUCCUGGUGGUGCGGAAGUGAAUGGCAAGUCAUCAGAUGGUAAGGAAAGAAGUCCCCUCAAGAGGUCAAAAGAAAGUUUAGGCAGUUUGAAUAUGCUCACAGGCAAGAAUAAUGAGGUGGGUAAAACAUCUGGAGCAUCUGCCAAUGGAGUUUUCUCCCAAAGUGCUGAGAGUGGAAGUGAAGGCUCAAGUGAAGGAAGUGAUGCCAAUUCUCAGAAUGAUUCACAACAGAAAACAGGCGUUGGUCAAGAUUCUUGGGGAGCUGAAGCAUCCCAGAAUGGUAAUGCUGUGCGUGGUCCUCAGAAUGGAGCAUCUCGUACUCCACCAAAUACAAUUUUAAACCAGACAGUGGCGAUCAUGCCAAUGCAAGCAGCUGCUGUUCCUGGAGGUGUUGCUGGUCCAACUACAAACUUAAAUAUUGGGAUGGAAUAUUGGGGUGCACCUGCUGCAUCAUCUAUCCCUGCCCUGCGUGGGAAGGUACCUUCUACUCCAGUUCCAGGAACAAUGGUCCCUACCGGUGCAGUUGGAUCUCGUGAGGGCGUGCCGACGGAGCUUUGGAUACAGGAUGAGAGAGAAAUAAAAAGGCAGAGAAGAAAACAGUCAAACAGGGAAUCUGCCCGUCGAUCCAGGUUGCGCAAGCAGGCUGAAUGUGAGGAGCUGGCCCAACGUGUUGAAAUUUUGAAAGAAGAGAACACCACUCUCAGAUCUGAAGUCGGUCGUAUCCGCAGCGAGUAUGAGCAGCUUCUCUCACAGAAUAUUUCCCUGAAGGAGAGACUCGGGGAAAUCCCUGGAGAUCAUGAAGAUCCAAUAACUGGCAGGAAUGAACAACAAUCUGGCAAUGAUGAUCAACAUGCUGAGCAAACAGAACUUGUGCAGAGUGGUCAAUAAGACCAGCAGCACUGCUUCCAACCCAUUUUCCUGGAGCAUAACCUAACCCAUUAGCAGAAACUUGUCAUUUACGUUUUAUUGUUUUCAAAAAUUCAUCAUAGCUGACCUUUCCAAACUUGGGGAUCUGUUUAUACCAGAAUUGUAUAAUCCCUCAUUGUCGUUUGAAAGUAUCUUUAAUAGUUGAAGCCCUAGUAGGACACGUAGAGGGUGGGAACCGGGAACCUUAUAUUACAUUUCUAUGUUAGAGGAAGGGUAGCAGCUAGAUCAUCUUACCUACCUGUAUUAUUAAAGUCUAUGCAAUGUGUAACCAAAGAGACUGAUUUAAUAAAUAACAAAUAUGAUGUA